UGGGUGACUGACUGAGUGAGGGAGUGAGGGAGGGAGGGAGGACCUGGUGUCACUGACUGAGUGUGAGGGACAGACAGAGAGCGAGAGAGAUCCGGGCCCCGCUUCCCCUGUCCGCCCGCCCAGCCGCUCACGGCAGCCCCCAGGAUGUCCGGAGCAGCUCAGAAAACCGAGAGCCGCGCCAUUCCCAGCCGCAGGGUGACCGUCAGCGACUCGGCCCAGUUACCACAAGAUUACAGCACCACCCCCGGGGGCACCCUCUUCAGCACCACCCCAGGAGGCACCCGCAUUAUUUAUGACCGCAAAUUCCUCAUGGAAUGCCGCAAUUCCCCUGUUGCCAGGACUCCUCCGCGUGAUCUUCCAAACAUUCCGGGUGUCACAAGUCCGAAUACAGCAGAGAAGGUGAAGCCAGCAGCAAAUCACGUGAACAGUCAUGAGGAGAAGGCAGCAGGUGGAGAUGAUGCCCAAUUUGAGAUGGACAUUUAAGUCACGACACAUAGUUUCCUCCAGAGUGAGGAAGAUUGACCCUGGACUCUCUUCAGCUGGGCUUGUCGGUCAGCCCAGCCACGAGCUCGACUUAAAAAAAAAUAAAUAUGCAAACAUUUCCUGCCAUUGACGGAGUCCAUCUACUUCUAUCUGGCUACAGACAGCAACACAUUCUUCAAAUGCUCGGAAAAGUCAAAAGUGCCGCGUGUUGUAUGUGGUAGAACAUUUACUGUUUGAGUUGGUGAUGGGCAUUGUCAAGAGGGGGCAUCCCUCAGGUUCUGAAUCUGUUUAAUCUGGUUUCAAAAUUUGUACGCCUUUGGUAAUCAAGGCUAAAGGUUAACUUUUCAGAGAUGUAAUUCUUGGUGGGAGGGAGGAAAAAGAGAGAGAGAGAGAACCAACAAAAUAAAGCAAAAUGAAGUCAUCUGAA